CUGCUGCAUAGUUAGCUGUUGAGAUGAAUGGGGAUUUGCAAAUCAGUAACAUGAAAUCCGCAUACUUACAGGGAUUUUCCGCUGAGAUCGAAGGAUGAAUGGAAUGACAAAAAAAAAUUAACAAUGGACAUUAUAACUAAUUCAGGAAGCACAUCAAGACCCUUUCAAGUAAAAACAUUAUUCAGUCAGGAAGAUAAAUCUGGAAAAAAGCAGGUGACGUAUAGAAUUCCAGCUCUCAUCUAUAUCAGUGAUGAUAAAAGCUUCCUUGCCUUUGCUGAAAAGCGGCGAACAGCAAAUGACACGGAUGCAGAUGUCCUUGUGAUGAGAAAAGGGACGUGGAAGGAUGGAGCAGUUGAGUGGGCCAGUGGUCAUCAGAUGCUCUCUUUAGCUUGUCUACCAAACUACCGUAGCAUGAAUCCAUGUCCAGUCUAUGAGAGAACCUCCAAGACCCUGUUUCUGUUUUUCAUCUGUGUUCCCUGUGGAGUCUCUGAAUUUAAACAAAUAAAUGAUAGACAGAAUCAGGCACGACUUUGUUAUAUAACCAGCAGUGACACUGGCAAAACAUGGAGCCAUAUUACAGACUUGACAACAGAUGUGAUUGGUGACCAGGUGAAGGACUGGGCCACCUUUGCUGUUGGGCCAGGACAUGGUAUUCAGAUGCGAAGUGGAAGACUGAUAAUCCCUGCCUAUGUGUAUCAUUGCCAUGGGAAUAAUAAGCCUGCCCCUCAUGCUAUCACAUUCUACAGCGAUGACCAUGGCAGCACUUGGCAUGUUGGAAAACAUGUGGAGGGUGAGUCUUGUGAGUGUGAGAUGGCUGAGAUCAUAGACCAUGAAGGGAAGAGUUAUUUGUACUGCAAUGCACGCAGUAAAUCUGGCCACAGAGUUGAGAUUCUGAGCAAGUGUGUUAAAGAAGCUUUUGAGAAACCUUCAUCUGUACAUAAGCUGACAGAGACCGGACAUGGUUGCCAAGGUAGUGUGUUGAGCUUUGCUCCUGAUCAGGGAUCUGAAACCACAUGGCUAUUCUACUGCCAUCCAACCAAUUCAAAACAGAGAAAGAGCCUUGGUGUCUACUUGAAUAAAUCUCCGUGGGAUGCUUCGGGUUGGGAAGACCAUAAAUUGAUAAUCCAUCAUGGUCCCAGUGGAUACUCAGACCUGGCUCAAUGUGGUGAUGGAGAACACUUUGCUUGUCUCAUGGAGUGCGGAGUGAAAAGUGAGGUUGAAGAGAUUGCCUUUGUCGUUUUUAAACUCAGCGAUAUCAUUCAAGACAAGGACACUGAAUGAGACAUUCCUAAAAGUUACAAAUUUCUCUCAACAAACAACUAAAUAACUGCUAAUUAACAAAAUAAUUGUGCUUGAAACUCAAUGAAGUCUGACAUUAUUAGGGAAUCAGUGACCCUUGUGGGGUGGGAGUGCUUUAAAGUUUGGGUUUGUAAUAGGAUUUAUGUUAAAGGUGCACUAAGUAACUUUUGUCUUUGUGUCAUCUUGGAUUAACACUGACACCUAGCGGCUUGAAUGCAGCUUAAUUUAAAACCAAAAGUGUCAGAUUACGGAGUGCACCUUUAAGUUUGAAUCUUUCUGCAGCAGUAAAAGGCAACAUACUCUCAUGACAACUCUAAAUAAUUUGUACAAGAUGACAAAAUUUUAAGAUAUUGUACAACUUGGCUUGUACGAAAAAGUAUGGCUCUUAUUCCUAUAGAGACAAACCAAUCAACAAACAGAAUUCCAAAUAGACACAAUUCAGGCAUCAAAUUCUAGCUAGCCUCCUAUCCAACACUUUAUUUUAAGACAGAGAAUGUCUGUGAACAAAUUUGUUUACUAAUUCAUAUUUAUUAAUGCAUUACAUGACCGAUGUCGAUAAUCUGUAGUACACUUUUUUCAUCUCGUUCCAAACACCGAUAGUUUCUUUCUUCCGUGGUAUAUAAAAGUUAUUUUCCUUUUCAAAUUUUGGGUAAGGGGUAAGACUUUAUAAUUAUGUUUACAGUAGGUUUAGUUUUGGGGGUAUACUUGCGUAAGAACUCGUUUAAAACCCUGAUGUUUCACUUUCUUCUGUGCUACACAACUGUGAUUUUACUAUUAAAAUUAUGGUUUGGUUUAGGUUUUUGGUUAAAUUUAGAAAAAAUCGUAAUGGCAUCGUUCAUAGGUUUGUUUUUUUUUAUCUCUGUGUGAGUGAAAUUAAUCUCUGUGUGAGUAAAAUUAAUAUGUUUUUAUAUGAGCCAACUAGAAUUGAUUUCUCACAACUUUGCCUUCUCAUACUUUUAUUACAAUUUGUCAUGAGACCGGGUUGGUAAAACUAGUCACGCACCUUAUGAAAUUAAGAAAUCUCUCUGAGCAAUGCAUAUUUUGCUCUAUGAUAUAAUGUUAUCAUUUUUUUUAAUGUUUCUAUUUACCAUUGACAUAUGUUGGUUUAAGGUUUAUACAAUGUAUUACUGUAGAAAUCGUCACCUUUCAUUCCUUCUGUUCUAGGAUGCUUAAUAUUUAUCCACUUCUACAGAUAAAUUGCUGAAGGAUCCAAGGAUCUGAAUAAAAAUAAAAAAACAACCAGUGUUAGUGUGUGUACGUGUGUGCAUGUGUUUGUUGUGGGUGUAGCUCCAAGAGAGCAAUCAUACAUUUGUUGUUCUUCAUUUAUUUAUUAUAUUAUUUUUUAAUAUUUACCUACUUAUACAUUUUUACUUGUGAUUAUAGACUGAUUAUUGAUAAAGAUGGUACUAAGAUAAGAAUUCAAUAAACUCUGCUUAUUG